CGUCAUCCAAACCCAUGGGAGCGUGUUUGACAUCAUACCUACGAGGCUAGGUAGUGUGCACAUCUCGUUCAAGCGCAAUAUUUUCAUUCUUACUGGAAGGAUUUCCGAGGCCGACAAGCACAUUGAUCCUGAAUCGAUUCGUCGAACAAUGCUUGUAUUCACGUCGCAGUGAUACCACCGACCGAAUCUAGGCUCCUGCUGAGUCAGCGAUGUUGAGGCUGAUGCUGGUGAAGCUCGAAGGUACACUGAACAAACAUUCACGAUCGGAUCAGGAUCUUUUGUUGGCAUAAUGUCGUCUGAGGUUUCGAGCCAAGCAUCAUUUCUCUUCUUUAGGCAGCUCCCGCCAGAGGUGCGAUGUAUGAUCUGGACAUUAUUAUCAAUGACCGAGCCUCGGGUCGUGCCCAUCUUGUACCAAUCGGAUACGACUUCCUACACGGCUCGGAUUCGGCCACCUGCAGUCCUUCAAACAAAUCGAGAGUGUCGGCACGAAGCUUUAAAAAUAUAUCAUGAGCUGCGUCUGGGUCUAAGGUCCAACAUUGGCUGCUACAUCAACCCGUUGACAGACUCUGUCUACCUCCGAAGUAAUCUCAACCGUGCCAGUAAUCGGAUAGAUGAUUUGACAGUCAUCGAGCCAUGGCAACGAGGUCGACUGAUUACGACAUCCCCUGCAGGAGAUACCUCACUCGGAUCGACACAGAGCACACAAACAGAACAGGGCAACACUGUUGGAGCUUCUAGUUCGUCCGAUGUCGAGGGUAACACCAAUCCCGGAAUGCUUCGUUCACGCCGCCACUCGAAAAUUAUGCUCGACGACCUUAUCCACAGUCCAGAUGCAGAGAUAAUCUUCAAAAGCUUCCAUAUCAACUUCGUAACCUGGGACCUGAUGCGACGCUAUUACCGGCACAGAAGGCACAAAAUUCCUGUCCACAUCAAGGAGUUAUGCGUAGUCUUCGAGAAAGGCAGUCUACCUUUGAAGAUUGACUUCACGCUGAAAGAGAUUCAACACAUAGAUGCUUUUCCGGAGGAAGCUCCACUGCAACUAGAGACUGUCGAAGAGAAGCGUACUGCUUGGAAUUUGAUACGCAGCUUGAAGAAAAGCAAUAUCUUCGUUAAUUUGAGGGACAGAAGAUCAGGGCGACCUAUUGCUCUCAACUUUCCAGUCUAUGCAAAAGCUCUGGAUUUGGGAGAGUCGAGCGAAUGGCAGGAGCUUUUGAGCGAGACAGGGCGGGUAGCUUGCAAUGAGCCUUUCUGAGCAACUCUCGUUCGCCAGAUGGUAAUGUGGGUAGCGGUCAAAAUUUAUGAAGUCCAAGACUUGGAGAGGAGCUUGGAACACAGACAUCCCUGAUGCUUCGAGCUAGGGAAUUCAGUCAUAACAUCUUGAGGAUGUUGAUCACCUUGAUGCUGGUAGUGUGGUUUCUCAAGGAGCGUUACAAAGAUCACUUCGAGAACAUCUAGCCUGGUUUUUUCCGCUGAUUUCGAUGUUUUGCGAAGAUCACAACAAAGACAUUUUGCUCUAUCAUUGAGCAUUUCAAUGCUAUACAUAGAAAGCUAUCCGAAAAUAUGAGCAGCACGAGCAAAAUAUAG